UUCAGAUGUGGGUGGAGGAUCCAUGACACUUCUUGGCUGAUGAUAAGGAAAGGAAGCAGUGCCCGCGCAGGAUAAAUUACUUUACACUCUUGCUGUCUUUUAUGUUCCUGUUGAAAUUUCCUUUCAAAGAAUAGGGUGUCUCCUCCCAGCUGGAGACAAUACUGUACUUAAAAAAACCCUCCACCAUUCACCUCUGGAUAAUUAAAGUUCCUGUUCUUUUUUUAGAAUUCCACGGACUUGAUUGUUCCAAGAAUAAACAGCUUUCGUCUAUGCACGCACACAUACAUGCAGUGUGCAUAACGAGAAGGAGAAGGAGUUGGUUAUUUGGUCCCCUGUGGAGACACACGCUCUGCCCAGCACCUCUGCCAUGGCCCUGGUGAGGUUCAAGGAACUGGGGGAAGAUGAAUUGAACUUGGAAGAGGAAAACCUGGACAGCGUCAAGGCCUUGACAGCAAAGUUGAAGUUACAGACGCGGCGCCCGUCCUACCUGGAGUGGAAGGCCCACGUACAAAGCCCCUCCUGGAGAAAUGGGCUCCGGGAUGGAGCUCUGAAGACCCUCCCGGAGAAGCAGGGUGAAGAGGCAGUGGGAGAAGAGGAUCAGGCCCAGGUGCCCUUGAAGUCUGUUUGCGGGUUCCCCAGCAUUGGGAUGGCCUUUGAAUGGCUUCGGAUGGAGCUGAGGAAGAUGCAGGCCCUGGACCACCAGCUGGCGCGGCAACUGAUGGCGCUGCGGGCCCAGAUCCACCAGCUGAAGGUGGAGCAGGCUUGCCAUCGGCACAAAGAGAUGCUGGACGAUGCCACCUUCGAACUGGAGGGCUGCGAGGAGGAUUCAGACCUGCUGUGCAACAUCCCCCCCAAGAUGGCUUUCCUCUUGUCUACCACUCUCAAGCACAUUGGAGUCACCCGCAUGAAUAUAAACUCUCGCCGCUUCUCCUUGUGCUGAUGGACCUUCGCCCACUGCAUGCUUGCUUGGCGCUUGUGGCUGUUUGCAAUGAGGAGGUAUCUUGGGCCCCAUAGAGUGUGCCCGCAGAUUGCGUGCCUGGGUAAAGCAACCCGUGUCUCACUCGGCUGAUCUGCUUUGGGCUCAGAAACAAAGCAGGGUGGGUCCUGGUUUGUAUAGGGAUGGGAGACCACCAGGAAACCUCAGGGAUGUGGGCUAGAAGAUAAAACACAUUCUAAAAGGAAGUAGGGAAUUCUAGGGAACUGCCUGGGGCAGCCUUUGCUCAGGUGAGGCCCCUUUCGAGGAGGGAAGUUUUGCUGCGUAGAAAAAGGAGAUGAAAGGAAGAGGUGUCAGCCUUGCCAGUUAGACCAGAUAGGAAACACAACCAGAUAAACUAAUUCUACUUUAUUGUAAGACUGCAUUAACAAAAUCUUGCAAGUCUGAAAGUACAUCUCUCCUGCUUCACCUGUAGAGCCUGAUAACUUAGGAAGGGUCUCUUCUGAGCUUUUUUCUCCACCCAUUAUGCAGCUGUGGGCUAUCCCCCCUGUUAUCUGACCGUUCCCUAGGCAGUAUCUCUUCACCCCGUCUCCCAAGGUCUUUCCCACAUUACACUGGGGCAAUAUGGAGCAAGAGGGAUGAUAAGCAUUCUUUUUGUGAUUCACAAGUCUAGGGAGGGUCUUGGUGGAGCACAAACUCCAGCCUGCAGAUUCAGAGAAGGGCCAACCCAAAGUUUAGCCUGUGAUGUAUGCAGAAAAAGGGCAGGGCUUUGAUCCCACAGUUGUAGCCCCAUCUUGACUUUUUUGACCCCCCCUCCCCUUAAAGUUUUCUCUGCUGUGGCUCUCUGGAAUCUCUGCUGGAUCUGGCCGAGGACACACGAGGGACAGUGACAACAAGGGGAAGAAUUUUGCUGGUCGAUGUGUCCCUUUGACCUGGAAGGGAAUCACCCCUCGGUGGCUCCUCUUUAAUUUUGCUCAUGUAUGUUUUGAAGGUUUGCUUGCUUACUUCUUACUAUAUGUCAGUCGGUGUGGCUUUGCACAGCUGUGGUCAGUUAAACACUUUAAAAACAAUGACAAGAAGUGUGUCACUUGAGCAUUGCGUGCUGUUUAUGAGGGCGCACCUUGGUGCUUUGCCUCUGCUGUGCUCCACCGGCCAGCCCGUAGUAGUGCAAAGGGCAGCUUUACACCGGUUGGCCUUCCAUGGUAUUUCCAAGAACUUUCCCCUUUCCCUCCCUUGUUUACAAACUCUAAGGCCGAGCAGGAAACGAGGCACCCAAAGCAAACCACCCCUGUUAAGAACGGCUUUCGCUUUCUCCGAUCGCACUCUCCUUGUGUAAGCUGCUUGUGUGAGAAUGGCACGAAGCCCACAUCCAAGGGAGCACAACUGUCAGCUCUGCCUUGGUGCACCCCCCGAGUCAGCGUUCUCCUGCUAUGGGCCACAGGCUACCCCAGGCUCCCUCUGAAUUCGCCCGGGCAAAAGUGUUGCCCCAAACCGGAGUAACUUUUGGCAGGUGGCUGAAGCCACCGCUUCACCCUCUGUCACGUCCCCUGCCACGUCCCACUUCUGAUGAUGUUUGGGCGGAAAACGAAGCCAGGGAGUCCACCGAUCCUCAUCCUGAACAAGCCCUGUACGCCGUAAAGGAGGACAGCAGCAAUUGCCAGCAUCUUUUCGGUGGCAGGAUCGGGAUCACCGGGGGACCCCAAAUUUUAUGCUGGGAUGGUUUUUGGCAGGCUUAAGAACUGACGGAGACCACUUUAACUCAGACACAGGGAAGGACUCAGACGCCAUCGGAGCCCAAAGAGAGCCGCUUUUCUUCCCAAACCACCUACAGUAUUCCACUUUAUAGUCACUGCAAAGGGGAGGCAUUUUCUCCAUUCUGCUAACGUGCUGUGUGCGCACAUGUGAACACACCUCCGUAAAGCAUGCCACUUCCUCGUCAGCCCACUCCUUGCCAUUUUGUGACUGAGUAUGCAAACAGUACUCUUGUGGUUACGUUAGCAAGCUUGGCACAACUGAGUAAAACACACAAAAAGAAACACCAAGAUCAUGAUUCUCUUGCUCUUCAUCUUUGCUUUGUUUACUUUGGCCUCUGCUCACUUCUAUUCUUCUUCCUUUAUUAUAAUUCAUUAUUAUCAAUCUUUAUUAUGGUCAUUAACCAGCAGAAAGUGAAUCACGAGGCAAAUGUAACUCUAGAUCAGUGCUUCUCAACCUUGGCAAC